CCGCCUCGCGCUGGGACCGGGAGCGCCGCGGGAAGCACCGGCCGUGGAGAGGGCGCUGCGCUCGGGCUACCCAAUGCGUGGACUAUCUGCAGCCGCUGCUCGUGCAAUAUGCUGGAGCUCCAGAACAGCUAAACGGAGUCGCCACACCGCUGCCUGGGCUGGAUCACAGUGCUGCCUUUCCUUAUGAAGAAAACACAAACUUGGAUUAUCACUUGCAUUUAUCUUCAACUGCUCCUCUUUAAUCCUCUCGCCAGGACUACAGGGAUCUGCACGAACCGUGUAACUGACGAUGUGAAAGACGUUAUAAAGCUGGUGGCAAAUCUUCCAAAAGACUAUAAGAUAUCCCUCAAGUAUGUCCCCGGGAUGGACGUUUUGCCUAGUCAUUGUUGGAUAAGUGAAAUGGUGGAACAAUUAUCAGUCAGCUUGACUGAUCUUCUGGACAAGUUUUCAAAUAUUUCUGAAGGCUUGAGUAAUUAUUCUAUCAUAGACAAACUUGUGAAAAUAGUGGAUGACCUUGUGGAGUGCAUGGAAGAACACCCAUUCGAGAAUGUAAAAAAGUCAUCUAAGAACCUAAAACUCGAUUAUUUUACUCCUGAACAAUUCUUUAGAAUUUUUAAUAGAUCCAUUAAUGCCUUCAAGGACUUGGAGAUGGUGUCAUCCAAAACUAGUGAAUGUGUGGUUUCUUCAACAUUAAGUCCUGAAAAUGAUUCCAGAGUCAGUGUCACAAAACCAUUUAUGUUACCCCCUGUUGCAGCCAACUCCCUUAGGAAUGACAGCAGUAGCAGUAAUAGGAAGGCCUUGAACUCCGUGGGAGACGCCAACCUGCAGUGGGCGGCCAUGGCCCUGCCGGCCGUCUUCUCUCUGCUCAUCGGCUUUGGCUUGGGAGCCUUAUACUGGAAGAAGAAACAACCAAAUCUUACAAGGACAGUUGAAAAUAUACAGAUUAAUGAAGAGGAUAAUGAGAUAAGUAUGUUGCAAGAAAAAGAGAGAGAGUUUCAAGAAGUGUAAUUGUGGCUUGUAUCAACACUGUUACUUUCGUACAUUGGCAGGUAACAGUUCAUGUGUGCUUCAUAAAUGAAGCAGCUUUAAACAAAUUCAUAUUCUGUCUGGAGUGACAGACCGCAUCCUGACCUGUUCUUGCUACCCAUGACUCUCUAUGGAUGAUUCAGAAAUUGGAGCAAAGUGUUUUACUGUGAAACUGGCACUGAAUUAAUAAUCAUCUAUAAAGAAGAACGUGCAUGGAGCAGGACCCUACCUUAAGGACCUGGGGGACUUGUAGUGUCAUUUAGAACCAUUUAGAACUUGCAGCCGAUGUCGGGAGGGAAAGCACGUGUCCCAGACUGCACGCCCAUUUUGCAUGCCUCCAGAAAUGUCUAAUUGCUGAAAAGCCACCCAGCUUUAUUUUAGUUACAACCUGCAGUUUGUAGUUAUCUAGGUCCCUCCAAGUAGAGUUCAGCCUGGAUAGACGGGGUAAUCAUUUUUUUUUGCAAAGGGAUCUAGAAGUAUUUUAAAGACAAAAAACUCGAUAGCAUCAGCCACUUCACAUAUCAAAAACAGUGGCGAAGAAAGUGAUUGGAGUAGGUUUCAUGUCAGCCUUCUCGCCGCUGAUUUAUGGUGUGGGUCUGAUCUCGGUCCCUUCCCAAUAUAAACCCUGCUCACCCGUAUCCCACUAGACAAAUGGACAUGGUUGGCUGGAUCUAUCCAUGCAGGGGAGCCAGUACUGAAUGCGAACCGAUGCCUUUGCAGAGGGGAGACUUCCCACAAGAGUCAUCGCCUGGAGAAGCUAUGAACACUGAACAGCAGGACCGUCGCCAAGGAGGACAUCUGUCACCCCUGGUGAGGUCGGCCGUUUCCCUUGACCACUGUAGAGUGUAUAAAUCAUGCUUGCAAAAUAUAUUACAAAAUGUUUAUAUCCUAAAACUAUUGCCGAGUUAUGCAAAGGGACUUAGGAGAAGUUGCUGAAUGUAUGAAAGUCCCGUUUUCAAUUUCCACCAUGGGAGAGAGUAAAAAUAAAUUAUGAUAUUUAGUAUCUAAGGUUAGAAAACCACACCCAUAUGCUGGUAUGGGUGCUGAAACCAGGUUUCUUGGCUUUUACAAGAAUGCAAGGAAUCAGGAAACUCUUACUUAUUUAUAGUAUAAUCACCAUUAUCUGUUUAAAGGAUCCAUUUAUUUAAAAUCAGGCACUCUGUAUUCAUUAAGGUUUAUGAAAUAAAAAUAAGAAGAGAGCUUUAUGUAGUUAUGCAUGUCAGUUUGCUGUUUAAAAUGUAUGACAGUGUUUCUCAUAGUAAGAGUGGAUUUGGCAGGAAUUCGCAAGAUGGACAUCACUUUUAAACUAGAACUUACC